GUACUUUUUCCGGGGCGGUACUGUAAACAUCAAUACGUAAAUGGCUGCACUGCUAAUUCUCAAACUACGAAAACAACCACCAUAUGAGCACACCAGGUAUGGAAAAGAUGGAGCAGAAUGACAACGAAGGGGACAACUUUAGGCUACACUUGGUGACGUGGAAUGUAGCCACAGCUGAGCCUCCUGUUGACAUUAGCUCACUUCUCCAUUUAGAGUCUCCAAAGGGCCCGGACGUCUAUGUCAUUGGCCUUCAGGAGGUGUACUCUGGACCGCUGAGAUUCAUGUCAGAUGUUGUGUUUGAUGACCCUUGGAGCCAUUGUCUUAUGACCACCCUGGCACCGUGGAAUUAUGUCAAGGUGUCGUCCAUCAGAAUGCAAGGUCUACUGUUGCUCUUCUUCUCCAAACUGGAGCACCUCCCAUUUAUCCGAGACAUCCAGGCCACAUAUACACGCACCGGCAUCUUUGGUUAUUGGGGUAACAAAGGUGGUGUGUCCAUCCGUCUGUCUUUCUACGGCCACAUGCUCUGUUUCCUCAACUGUCACUUGUCUGCUCAUAUGAAUAAUGCCACUGAGCGAGUGAUCGAGUUUGAGUAUAUCACCGACAAGCAGAUUUUCAACUGUGAAAAGGCUCAGAGAAUUCUUGACCACAGGCUGGUCUUCUGGUUUGGAGAUCUCAACUUUCGAAUUCAGGACCACGGCAUGCACUUUGUCCGAACGUGCAUCAGCGAUCAAAACUACAACUUGCUGUGGAGCAAAGACCAGCUGAUCAUGUUGAAGAAAAAGGAGAAGCUGCUCCAAGAGUUUGAGGAAGGACCUCUAGACUUCCAACCCACGUACAAGUUUGACCUAAACACAGAUCUAUAUGACAGCAGGCUCUACAGGACAUGGUUUGCCUUUAACAGUAAGAAGCGCAAACCCGCCUGGACAGACAGAAUUCUAUGGCGCCUCAUACCUAAAGCACUGCCUUCUGACAAGCAAGAAGAAUGCGGAGACAGGUCGGACGCAAACAAUGUCGGGCAGCCCGAGGAAGCUAAAAAAAGUCUUUUAGAGCUCAGCCAGGACUUGUACACCAGUGACAUGCAGUACAGAAUCAGUGACCACAAACCUGUCAUCGGUAUCUUCACCCUGAAGUUAAAGAAGAUGCAAACGACUCCUCUGGUACAUCUGCUGGCUGAGGGGGAAUGGAGUGCAGACAUUGAUGCCAUGCUUGUGUACUUCCCUAAGCAGCCAUUCCCUUCCAGUUCAUGGGACUGGAUUGGACUUUAUAAGGUUGGAUUCAGCAGUGUGUUUGACUACAUCACAUACACGUGGGUCAAAGAUGACGAAGUGGCUGUCGAUGAAGAAGCCAUAAAGGUGUACAUGAGUAAAGAUGAGAUCCCAGUACGGGGAGGAGAAUGCGUGCUGGGCUACUACUGUAACACUUUGCAGUGCAUUAUUGGAAUCAGCGAACCAUUCAAGGUCCAUGCGUCGAAGGUCGCCAUUGAGGAGGGCUUUCUGCCUGAAAAGCUCAGGGGUCUGCAUAGAAGCUGAGCGACAGAAAACAUUCAGGACUAACAGAUUCAUGCCUGGUUUAUUGAUGCCUAAACUAUGUUUGUAAUAUGUUUUAGUCAUCCACUGAUAGAGAAGCUUUUCAUCACAGUGUUACUCUGCUAGCUCUACCAGUCAUGUCAGUCAACGUUGUGAUAACUGGCAUGAGUGCUGAAAGAUUGUACUGUGUAUCAUUCAUUGAUGAUGAUGCAGUGCUUUAAUAGGCUGGCAAUGUAUCAGAUUAUGUUGUCAGAUCCACUGCAGCAUGAUGGGACCUGAGUUUAAAGUGAAUUCCUCAUGCAAACAAUCGUUGUUUUCAUAGCAAAAACGAGGGUUGGUACCAAAGCAAGUCUGUGGUAUUGUCCAUCCAUCCAUCCAUUUUCUACCGCUUGUCCCUUUUGGGGUCGCGGGGGGUGCUGGAGCCUAUCUCAGCUGCAUUCGGGCGGAAGGCGGGGUACACCCUGGACAAGUCGCCCAUUAAUCCUAACUUCAUUGGAAAACAGAAAAGCAGGUGUAGGUGAUGAGACACCUGAUUCCUUCAUGGCAACUACACAUUCACUCUCAUUAUAUUUUUAGUGAGACUUUUAAAGAAGUCAUAUUAUAAUAAUAAUAAUUUUUUUUUUACAUUCAAAACAUUCCAAAUGUGCCAUAAGUUAUGUUUUACAGUCUUCAAGCUGCUUCCUGUCUCUUCAGGAUGCGCCUUUUAGUGGGCAGUCUUAAGUGGGCUCCACUUCGACCGCGUCUUCUGCCCGUCAGCCAGCUUACAUAUGGAAUCAGCUGACAGAUAUAAGUUAAAACUA